AUGGGUUCUUUCUGUGCUACGGAGGGGUUAAGAGCUUCAAUUUCGAGAACAGCCUCCUCUCUCUGCGGUUCCUCUGGAAUUUUCUAUGACCAGAGACCCGCGGAAAAAUCUGUUGUUGCAAGAGGAAGUGUCUUUACUUCUCCAAAAGAAUGUAUUGGAAGAAUAUCUGGUGAUUCCAUAUUUCAAAAUGGAGACCAACAGGUCGAUCAGAACCUCUCUCCAUACAGGGAUGUGGACGUCUUCUUUAGAUCUGACGGAUGCUUACUUUCAUGUCCCUAUAGCUCCGGCUUAUCGGAAGUUUCUUCGUCUGGUCUGGGAGGGCAAGGCUGGGGAGCUACCCUGGAAGGCAGAGAGGCAUCAGGUAUAUGGUCCGGUCUCCAAUUGACAGAACACAUCAAUUUACUGGAGAUGCGGGCUGUUCUUCUGGCAUUGAAACACUUUUCCCAAUUUGUUCAGGGUCAAUCUCUGAUGAUAGCCACAGACAAUACAACAGUAGUUGCUUAUCUGCAGAAUCAGGGCGGCACACAUUCUCAGUCUCUUUACCUUCUGUGCAAAGAAAUUCUGUUGUUUUGCCGUUCCCUGGGAAUUCGCUUGUCAGUCAGGCAUGUUCCUGGCAAUCUGAAUCUAGUAGCGGAUGCUCUCUCAAGGUCACUGCAUCCAGUGAAUACAGAAUGGGAGUUACAUCCAGCAGUCUUUCAGGAGAUCUGUCUCAAGUGGGAUCGUCCUCAUAUAGACCUCUUUGCUACGCAUCUGAAUUGCAAACUGCCAACGUUUGUCUCUCCGAUUCCAGACAACAAAGCUUUAGCAGUGGAUGCAAUGUCUUUCGAUUGGAAGGGGAUGUUUUCUUACAUGUUUCCUCGUUUUCGCCUCCUUCCCAAGAUUCUACACAAAAUCAGGGUAGAAAUUUGCAAGACAAUUCUUAUUGCUCCAGCAUGGCCAAAACAAUCGUGGUUUCCAGAUCUUCUUCAACUGUGUUGUGCGAGACCAAUUCUUCUUCCUCUCAGGAAAGAUCUUUUGUCUCAAUUCAAAGGCAGGAAAGUUCAUCAGAAUCUUUCCAACUUCCAUCUACACGCAUGGUUACUGUCAGGGAAUCUCUCAGACAGGAUGGCUUUUCUGACAGAGCAGCCAAACGUAUCUCUAGUUCGGUCAGAAAAUCUACAGGAGCAAUUUAUGACUCUAAGUGGAACAUCUUCUGUUCUUGGUGUUGUUCAAAGGAAAUUGAUCCUCUCGCAGUUACUGUCCAACAGUUAG